ACAGAUCUGACCCUCCCAGGAGGGCCCGUCCCCCGGCCCACAGCCAGUCACAGGCCCCGUCCUUCCAAAACACUGCCCUAUCAGAGGCCAAGCUCUCUAGGAAUUACCUACCCUUUUAAUGUCCCGCCCCUAUGACGGACCCAAUCGAAGGGCUCUCCCUCCCCGAAACCCCGCUCCCGGACCGGCGUGUCUCAGGUUUGCGCCACUCUAGGCUGAAGCGGCGGAUGACGCAACCGGGCCGCGCCGCGAGAAGGUCACACGGUUCUCCAACAUGGCGGCGGCGGCGGCGCUGCGGAGUGGCUGGUGCCGCUGUCCACGGAGAUGCCUCGGCAGUGGAAUCCAAUUCCUUUCCAGCCACAACCUACUCCACGGGUCGACCUAUCAGAUGCGCCGGCCGGGCGGAGAGCUAACACUGUCCAAAUCAUAUUCUUCUGGAAACAGAAAAGGCUUUCUGUCCGGCUUGCUAGAUAAUGUCAAACAAGAAUUAGCCAAAAACAAAGAAAUGAAAGAAAGUAUAAAAAAAUUCCGUGACGAGGCCAGAAGGCUAGAAGAAUCAGACGUGCUCCAGGAGGCCAGAAGGAAAUACAAAACCAUCGAGUCAGAAACCAUGCGGACGAGCGAGGUGCUACGGAAGAAGCUUGGGGAGCUGACGGGCACCGUGAAGGAGAGCCUUCAUGAAGUCAGUAAAAGUGAUCUGGGUCGGAAAAUCAAGGAGGGUGUGGAAGAAGCAGCCAAGACAGCCAAGCAGUCAGCCGAGUCGGUAUCCAAAGGUGGGGAGAAGCUGGGCAGGACGGCGGCCUUCAGAGCCCUCUCCCAGGGGGUGGAGUCGGUGAAGAAGGAAAUUGACGACAGCGUCCUGGGGCAGACCGGGCCCUACCGGAGGCCCCAGCGACUCCGGAAGAGAACGGAGUUUGCGGGAGAGAAGUUCAAGGAGGAGAAAGUGUUUGAGCCAAAUGAGGAGGCCCUGGGGGUCGUGCUGCACAAGGACUCCAAGUGGUACCAGCAGUGGAAGGACUUCAAGGAGAACAACGUGGUGUUUAACCGGUUCUUCGAGAUGAAGAUGAAGUAUGAUGAAAGCGACAACGCGUUCAUCCGGGCAUCCCGGGCCCUUACGGACAAGGUCACCGACUUGCUGGGGGGCCUGUUCUCCAAGACGGAGAUGUCGGAGGUUCUCACAGAGAUCCUCCGGGUGGACCCAGCCUUUGACAAGGACCGGUUUCUGAAGCAGUGCGAGAACGACAUCAUCCCCAAUGUCCUGGAGGCCAUGAUUUCUGGAGAGCUUGACAUUCUCAAAGACUGGUGCUAUGAAGCUACUUACAGCCAGCUGGCCUACCCCAUCCAGCAGGCCAAGGCGCUGGGUCUCCAGUUCCAUUCUCGCAUCCUAGACAUUGACAACAUUGACCUGGCCAUGGGCAAGAUGAUGGAGCCGGGGCCGGUGCUCAUCAUCACUUUCCAGGCGCAGCUGGUGAUGGUGGUCCGGAACCCUAAAGGCGAGGUGGUGGAGGGCGACCCGGACAAGGUGCUGCGGAUGCUGUAUGUGUGGGCGCUCUGCCGAGACCAGGACGAGCUCAACCCCUACGCGGCCUGGCGGCUGCUGGACAUCUCAGCCUCCAGCACCGAGCAGAUCCUCUGAGUGCGGUGCCACAGCUAGGGAGCCCCUGGCUGGGUCAUCAGGCACAGAGGCACCACGACACCCCCUGCAGCAACUCCAGACCUCUGGGAACAAGACUGCGGGCUCUGCCCCCAGCUCUGCCAGAAGAGCUGCAAGACCAGCUGGCCGGGGAGGGGACAACGGGCUGCUGCGGGUGCCUGGCAGCUGGAGACACUCCCCCCAGGGCCGGCGCCUGCCCUGUUGCUCUGCCCUGCAGGGGUCCCGGUGCCUGGUCACCUGGGGUGCACACAGGCCACCCAGUGCCAAGAGGCCCCAGGGCCCAGGGACUCCCUCCACAGCAGGGUGGGACCCGGGACCUACUGCUCAGUGGCCCGCUGGUCACGUCAGCUAAGCCACUUUAGGUCCAUUUUUUAUUUUAACAGUGCUCUUCCAUUCUGUGCGUAAGCCCGAGAUUUGGAAAGAAUAAAACACCGAAUUGCAGAAGAGCA